AUGGAAAUUUUAUUACCGCCGACGGGCGACCGCACCGUCGAGUUCAAUGAGCUGCUAAGCAAGCAAAACGCAGCGCCAGCAACUGCGAGAGCCAAUCUCGAAAAGGCGGACAGCUUUCUCAAGGAGGCAUACAGGAUUAAUUCGCACACUACCACAUUACAUAAGGAGCUCCUCGAUGUACGACAAGCCUACCUAUCGACGGCGCAGCCUCGACGCACACAAUCGCGGGCGCUGCAGGGCCAGCCGCGCGUGCUAACGGAUCGCGAGCGCGAAGAAGUCGACGCCAACGCGAAACAAAUGAUCCGGGAGCUCAACGCCAGCAUCCGGGCGGUCGACGACGCGGAACAGCUGCGGCGGGAGACGGCAGCAGCCAUUGUGCGCAAGACGUACGGCAGCGCGCUGGGGGCGUUGGGGUCGUGGGCGUCGGGGAGCAGCGCGACAUUGUCGGGCAAGACGCCGGAGCAGGCAGCGGCCGAGGCGCGGGCGCGGCAGACAGAGAUGCACAGGGACAGCGUGCUGUGGUUUCUGCGGCAGCGGCUGGAGCAGUGCUGCCGCACGCAGCAGGACAUGAUGGAGACGAGGCUGACGCGGGAGCUGGAAAAGUCGCGCGGAUUCCUGGCGGCGCCGGCAGCGGACUUUGCCGAUUUUGCGCAGACGACGAGGUCGGCGGCUCCGGCGGCGGCGGCGGUUGGCGGCGACGCGGACGCGGCAGCGUACGGGGUAGGGAAUGAGAGCUUGACGGAGGAUCAGGUGCAAAUGUUUGAAGAGGGGAACCAGGACAUGAUGAAGCACUACGAGAGCACACUCGCCAAAGUACAAACGGCCGAAAAGUCGCUGGUGGAAAUAUCUGAGCUGCAGUCUCUGCUAGUCAACAACCUGGCGAUCCAGUCGGCGCACAUUGAGCAGCUGGUGACGGACUCGCUGGCGACGGCGGAAAACGUCGGCGGCGGCAACAAGGAGCUAAAAAAGGCGGCGCAGCGGCCGAGCGCGGCGCGAUACACAUUCUUUGCAGCGAGUGGGCUCUGCGCGUUUCUGGUCUUGUGGGAUCUCAUCAUAUAG